AUGCGGCUGCAGUGUGAGGUGGAGGUGAUCAGCCGGCUCCUGCCCACCUGCGGGCUGCGGGGCCGCGGCCGCGGAACUAGGGCCCUCCUCUCGCUCGGCCGCCCGCCCGGACGGGCGCAGGGUGGAGGCAGUGGCAUUUACCUGAUGGUGUGCACGGCGCGGGACCGGGUUGGCGCUCGCUACAAGGUUCAGGAGAACAUCGAGCGGUUCUUCACCCGAUUCGUGGAGGAGGGCAAGGCCACCGUGCGCCUCCGGGAGCCCGCUGUGGACGUCUGCCUCAGUAAGGCAAAUGCCAGCAAUCUAAAGAAUUUCCUCUCAGCCGUGAGACUGGCUCACCAGGGGACUGACGCAGGAGCUCUCCCGCUCUCAGCUUUGGUACCAGCAAAGACCUCAGAAGUUGAAAAACCAAAGGCCAAAAUGAUCAUAACUUCAAGAAGGGACUAUCCUCUCACCAAAAACUUCCCUUACUCCCUGGAGCACCUCCAGGCCUCCUACUGCAAGCUGGCUCGAAUUGACACACGAGUGCUUUGUUUGAAGAAGCUCCGCAAACUAGACCUAAGUCAUAACCACAUCAAGCAGCUGCCUGCCACCAUUGGUGACCUGACCUGUCUUCAGGAGCUCAAUUUGCAUGACAAUCACUUGGAGUCCUUUAGUGGGGCUCUCUGCAACUCCACCCUCCAGAAAUCUCUGCAGUUCUUGGACCUCAGCCAAAACAAAAUGAAAGCACUUCCCAUUCAGUUCUGCCAGCUCCGGGAACUCGUCAACCUGAAGCUGGAUGACAACGAGUUGAUUAGGUUGCCCUUCAAGAUCGGCCAGCUAGAUCAUCUACGCUUUCUGUCAGCAGCUCGAAACAAGCUCCCCUUCUUGCCCAGUGAUUUUAGGAAACUCUGUCUUGAGAACUUGGAUCUCUUUGGAAAUCCUUUUGAGCAACCAAAUCCUCUUGUUCCCAAUAUCCAGCUGAAAAUACCUUUGACUUUAGUGGAGUGUGCUGCAAGAGCAACCCUCAACUACAGAAUCCCUUUUGGUUGUCAUCUCCUUCCUUCCCACCUUUGUGAAGAUCUGGAAGUGGCUAAAACAUGCCAGUGUGGGAGUGCCUGUCUGAGCAGCUUCAUUCAGAUCACAGUGACCAUGAAUCUCCAUCAUGUAGCUCACACCGUGGUCCUUGUGGACAACAUGGGAGGAACAGAAGCACCCAUCAUCUGCUACUUCUGUUCUCUAGCCUGCUAUUCCCAGUUCCUGGACAGGUACCUGCAGAGCAAUGGGUGA